AUGUUUUGUUACUGUAGAUAUUCGUAUGAAAAAGGAGUGCAGGGAACAUUGUCUGUGCAAGUUGGUGUGUUCGAUGAAUCUUCUGACAGUGCAGUUUUGUUUUACAAACGAAAUUCUAAUCUGAACUCUGAGGACAAAGGCGUUAAAAAGGUUUUCUUUACAAAAGAAAGAUAUGGAGCAUUUCCUGUUGGUCGGAGACUCUACAUAUUUGCGUCAAUAUGUGAAUUUACCACUGGAGACAAGCGCAACGCCACGGACAUAUCAACAAAGUUUUCCAACACUGAGUUUGAAAUCGAGUGUGAUCCAGACAAUGUAUUCUACCAACCACAUCAGAUUUUGCAAGGAUGGGUGAGAGUGAAGCGUGGUGGGAAAUAUCCAGCUGCAAACGUUCUUGUUGAGUUUCGUACCGACAAUGAAAUAAACAACGCGGUGACUGAUGGUUUUGGCAUCGCCAAAUUCACGUUGAAUCCGCCAUCUACUGGCGUCCGUGUUAGUCUAUCGCCCAAAUCAACAGGCUUUGAGCUAGUUCUAAAACCUGUUAGCAGCAAUCAGCCUAUUGCCGUCACACUUAUCGUUAUUGCGCGAGGAAUCAUUCAGUGGUCUACUACGUUGUCUGUAAACACUGAAUUCACGCUAUUUCAAAUCGAAAUUAAAGAGUCGUGGUCCAGCAAGUUCCAUUUGUUGGCUUACUUUUACGAAUCAAAAUGCGAUUCGUUUGUUUCUGACGCAAAGACGAUGCACGUAGAGCCCACGUUUCCAAACAAUGUCCGUCUACGCGGUGAUCAUAUCGUAGAGCCUUGUUCACAACUGAAACUAACCAUAAGUGCAAAGCCGCAUUCUGAAAUUGCUCUCCUGGCUGUUGAUGUAGGACUAUACAUGCUGAAUAACGACAGUAGGUUGACGACUGCUAAGGUGUUUGAUGAACUGGAGCAAUACGAUCUGACUUGUCCCAUCACAGACUAUUCAUCAGCUGGACUGUUUGAAGCAAACGGUAUAGCCAUAAUAUCAAACACUCGGCUGUCAAAUAAGGACCAAGAAGCAGGUGCUAAAUGUCGAGAACGAUCGAAGCGAUUUGCUACUGAGGAUUCAACAUUAGAAUGCUGCAAAACUGAGGGCAAAAAACUUCAGCAGAAACUUUUUACUGAAUACAACGAAAAGAGCGAAGAAGUUUACUCUUUGCUUGCCGAACAGUGCAAUCAAAGACAACGGGAAUUACUAAGCAAUACCAAUAGACUCUCAACUGAGUGGCCUUGCUCACGAGAACGAUUGUGUCUACACUAUUUUCUAGCAUUCUGCAUUCCAUCAGAAAUGAGAACCAAAACGCUUUUCUCAGAACUAGAAACGGUCAUUGCCGUUCAUGAAGCUCGAACCUACUUUCCUCAUGUCUGGCUGGAGAAUGAGGAUAUCAUAUAUAUGGGAAGUAACCACGAAAUUCGAAAAGAUGUUACAGUUCCUGACUCUAUUACUGGAUGGAUCAUAAGCGCCGUGGCUCUUUCCAGGGAAGGCCUCGGGGUUGCAGCCCCCUUCCAUUUCAUAGCCUAUACACCAAUUUUCGUUCGAUGUCACGCUCCUUCCCACAUUCGCAAGCUAGAACAAAUAUCCAUAUUUUGCACAGCCCACAACUAUGGUCAGAAAACAAAUGGUUUCAUUCGUCUUCGCAAAGUGCCGGAAAGCAUCUGCACCAAAGCGGGUGUAGGACGAGACAGUGAUAAAAUACCGUUGCAUUUGGAGCAAAACGGUGCCGUCACAGUACCUAUAACUUUAAUUCCAUUAGAUGUCGGCACUUUUGAUAUCACAGUAGAGUUUAUUGCUCAUCCAUUUACAGCGGACAGAGUUUUCGUUAGCUUGAACAUAGAGGAAAGAGGAAUGACAAGAGAAGACUAUUACAGUGCAGAGCUAGAUCCCCAAGGAUUAAAUGUCGAUAAGGGAAACAGCUGCAGAACGAGCAAUCAUACUCAAAUCAUAAGUUGUUGCUACACUCACGUAAGUGACGAUGGCGUCUGCACACCAAGCUCAUGCAAUGCCAAUACAACAAAAUCAGAGUGCUGUGAUCUCAGACGUGAACAAGGGAUUGCAUGGGGAAUGAACUGCCAGCGAUGCCUCAACCAUCAAGAAAGUCGGCCCUAUCCGAAUGUACAACAACACUAUUUCAAAUUGACGCCAACCGAUGACUUUAUACCUGGAACAAUGAAAGCCUGGGCCAAUGUUUCCAUGAAUUAUUUUCAAGCAUCAUGGUCGAUAGACAAAGGAAUUAUAGAUUUACUUCGAAUUGCUCAUGGAUGUGGAGAACAAAACAUGAUCAGGUUUGGUCCAAACGUUGGCAUAAUGAGAUAUUUGAAACAGGAAGGAGUUCUGACAAAACGUGAAGAAGAGCAUCUACGUCAACGAAUAGACGACGCAUAUACCCAUCAACUGGACUAUAUUACAAAGGACGGAGGCUUUUCCACUCAUCCUCAGGAUUCGACUGCCACUUGGCUGACGGCGUUUGUCUUGAAGUCAAUUUGCGUGGCUACCGACAUCGUGCACAUUGAGGAUCGAAUAUUUGAAGGGAUACAGGAAUCGUUAAUAUAUCGUCAUCAAAAACCGAAUGGAGAGUAUUAUGAGAGAGGAUUUAAACGAUAUCACUUGUUUGAUUCUCGUCAAGCAAAUAAUUCUGAAUCACUAACGUCUUACGUACUAAUAGGGAUACUGGAGUGUUGCAAUCAGGAUGACUAUAAAAAGACUUUGUCUAGCAAAGUAAUUUUUUCAGCGUGUCUUGCGGUCGACUACAUUGAGAAUCAAUACAUCAAAAGAAAGUUGACAUUGGAGCAUUCUAAGGCGACGGCAUUUUAUGCUCUUACUUUAGCAUGCGUCAGCUGUGGCGUCUGCAACUGUAGACCUGGUUUGCUUUCGCAACUAGAACGAGAUCUCUGUGGCACGAAAAAGAAGAAAGAUGAGAAUUCAACGUAUUGGACGGACAAAAAAAGUCCUAGACAACGUCCUGACCGUUUCACAAUAGAAACCACAUCGUACAUGUUGUGUUCGUAUGUUGUAAGAAACGAAUUGGAUAAAGCUCGUCCUAUCGCCAAGUGGCUCAACAGUGUGCGAUUUCGAAAAGGAUUAUUCGCAUCAACGCACGACACGAGUAUCGGUUUAGCUUGUCUUGGAAACUUUAUAAGAGCUGUUCGAACGUCUUCACACGAUGUCAUGUCGAUCAACGUUACGACAAUUGGAGGAGACUAUCACAAAGAGAUAAUUAUUGAUUCGAAGUCGAAGAACGAGAAGUAUGAAAUAGAGGUACCGUCUAAUGAGACCCUAAACGUCACUGCAGUGGGAACUGGUCUAGGAAUGUUAUCCAUUGCUCUCAGCUACAAGGCACCAGUUUCCAAAGAUAACAUGUGUUUCUUUGACUUGAAUGUAACGGUCCGCGACUCUGGUGAGGCAACCGAUACAAUCGAAAUUCAGUGUUGCACUCGAUACUUGAAAAGAGAGGGAAUCGAUACCGUUCUAUUGGAAGUAGAGAUACCUACUGGUUUCGAAGUGUGCUAUCUCACUAAUGAUAACAGUGUCACAAACUGUGACGGCAAGGAGUCACCAUUUGAAUCGAGUCUAAAUGUAAAGUUACAAGAGCAAUCUGCGAAAAGCGUGUACUUUCAUAUUGAAGAAGUACGUGCGAAUGAAACGCAGUGUCUGACGUUUAAAGCUCUGAAAAGAUUUAGCGUUACUCACACUGCACCUGUUAAUGCUCAUAUUCGUCCUUACUACAACGCAGACGAGCAGUGCACCGUUUCUUACACUCCAGACAACACUCCGUCACAAUUAGCUGUGAUGAGUUGUAAGGAUCCAAAGGAGAAGGAAGAUCCAAUAUGUAUUUGUGGAGCAGGUCGCUGUCCCAGACUAGAAAAAAUUUCAAACAGACUUUGCAACGCGUGCAUUCAUCAUCACUACGUUUACAAAAUUAACGUCAAACAGAUAGUAUCUACAGACAAUUGGUUGAAAAUCUCAUGCGUAAUAGAAGAGGUAAUUAAAGAUGGAGCUCACAACAAGUCGAUAAACUCUACUGUAGUAUUUUGGACUCAAAAGUUAUGUCUCAACACAGCUCCUUUACAAGUAAACGUGAUCUACCAUAUCAUGGGCAUGGACGGACAACGUUUCCUUCUUGAUCACAACUCGCAUAUCGAGCCAUGGAGCGAAAUGUCAUAUGAAAGGUGCAAACAGGUCAAAAAAGAGCGCUGCUUUCAAAGAGAGGCCUGUAAAAAGGAAAAGGUUCAACGUGACAAGUCAAAAUGCAAAGCAGCCUGUAAACAAUUCGCUAAAUCUAGAUGCCCAACGGAUUUUAACAUAUACUUGAAAAAUAUGAGGAGCAAUCCAAACAUUUGCGAAAUGAAAAGCAAAAUCUGUCCUGAACAAUUUCGUUAAUUUAACAUUUAAAGCAACGCAAUUAACAACUAAACUGUCGUCGUUUUGUUUCUUUAUAUACUCUGUGGAGUUUAUAUACUCUGUGGAGCAUUUGACUUAAAGAGCAGAACUUUAUGGACGACGAAGAAAUAUGUACGAGCUUUGCGUGCGUUUCUUUUCGCAUUAUGUAUG